ACCUGCGUACGUCACGCACGUCGUGAGUGUUUGAACGUGGCGCCGCGAAGGCGAAAAUAAAAAAAGAUUACGCGAUGUAUGCUCUGUGCUUUUAAAUGUCCGCAGAUCACACGGGAACGAAAACUUAAUAAACGAAUGCUUGCUUACGUUAACAGUCGAUGCUUGUCGCGUUAUAUAUCUGCUCUCGUUAACUGAACAGAUAUGACGGCCACGGCUUGUAAUAAAUGGAAGGGCUUGUUCACCGUUGGAGAGGAGUUUGAUGAUGAGGAUUUGCUUGAAGCUGAUUGGACGUGUCCACCUGAGCAGGCAUGUAGUACAGCUUCUUCUGUAGCACCAUCAUCUGAAUCCUCACAUGUGCAGCAGAGCUCUGUUAACUUGUCAAAUGCGUCCGAAUCUGGUUCGGUUCUGACUCUUCGUACCCCAGCAUGUGGCACUAUCAGUGCCCUACCAGAUCUCUCCAUGCCCUGCCAUCAGUCAAUCUCUGCAUCCGUUUCUUCUCUCCGAUUGCCAGUGUUAUUCUUGCAACCUCCCUCUGAACCAAUAAACCCUCCACCCCAGGAGUCUUUUAGAGUCCUACAGAGAGACCUCCCUCCUCAAGAUGACUUUGAUGACUGGGACGUGGAUCUGGAGGAACUGGAUAGCAUUCCUCAAGUGGUUUCUGAGCCACAAAAUAAUCCAGCUGCACCCUUAAAAAACAUUUCACCCGCUAAACGCAUGAGGCCGUCAGCGCCAGAAGUGUCCUCUCAUGGAAGGUCCGCCGCCAUCUCGUCAGUGUCCGUUACACGGCCCUUAGUCAACACCUCAUUCGUGUCCAUUAUCCAAGGCCCCAUGAAUCCAUCUACCCCUUCGCGGAAUGCAAAUCUCAUGCAUGGUCCCACAACUCCAGCCUCGCGAUUCCCCAGACCUGUGACUCCCAGGCCUCCAGUUGCGUCACCUCAGCUGGGGGCUUCAUCACAUAGGACCCCGCUGAAGCCUAGAGGGUCUCUCUUCCACUCUGUGUGUUCCACUACGGACUCCUCUUCCACAUUUACACCUCGUGCUCUCAACACGCCUGUCCUGACCAAUCACCUGGUCCAGCUGGUGUCUGCAGCCAAUAAGACCCCUCAGAGACCACAAAGCCGCAUGAUGCCAGCCAAGGCACGCCGUUUUCCUGGCCCGGCCGGAGCACUUCCACUACAGGCUGCUCUCAAGCAGCUAGCCAAGAAUAAGGUCCCUAAUAUGGCUGUCGUCUUGAAGAGUAUCACGCACACACAUGCAGAUGCAAAGGCCGUCUUCAGAGAUCCAACAGGUGAGAUGCAGGGCACAGUUCAUCGCCGCCUGGUGGAGGAAAGACUGGGAGAGCUCAAGACAGGAGCUGUGUUGCUACUCAAACAAGUGGGUGUGUUUUCACCAUCACAUCGAAAUCACUACCUGAACGUCACACCCAAUAACCUACUCAGGAUAUACCCGCCUGACGGGGUCUUCCACAACUCCCAGCCAUCCCACUCUCCACUGGAGCUUACGUUGCAUAGUGAAUCCACAAGGCCUGCAGGGGGCCCUGUGUCUCUGAUGGAGCUCCACUUUGAUGAUGAAGACGACAGUGAAAAUGUGGUUGAGGAAAACCUGGCUUCAGAUGGUUUAGACACUGCAGCUGUCUCUAAUGAGCUCUGUAAAGCACCUACAGUGUCCGGACAAACGGGAGAC